UACAUCGCUGUGCACAUCAUACCUGAUCAGAUGAUGUCCUUCGGGGGCUCCACUGAUCCCUGCGCGCUCUGCAGCCUUUACAGCAUCGGCAAAAUAGGAGGGCAGCAGAACAAGACUUACACCAAGCUCCUGUGUGAUCUGAUCUCUAAGCACUUGCAUGUAUCCGCAGACAGGGUGUACAUCAACUACUUUGACAUGAACGCUGCCAACGUGGGCUGGAAUGGCUCCACCUUUGCAUAGAGCUCUCCCUGUCUGUCUGAAGAGGCUUCUCCUGGGCCUACCCUCAUCCUGCCCUUAGCAGAGACCACCGCACAAAUGGCCCUGUGUUGCGUUUUGUGCACUCUCAGAUCGAUGGCUCCUUGCUAGUGUGUUUAAAUAUUGCUGCUUCAACAUUCCUCCGUUUUCUCUGUGUAGAAAACAAAUAAAGAUUUAGAAGUAA